UUUUUGAUGCUCUCGAACACGGCCAAUGUUGGCUGAGCUAACGUUAAAUGGUUGACUUUCUACUCACAUUUUAUUUAUCCAUAAAAAUUAUCUAACGUUAUCCUGUUACCUGGUUUUUAUUUGAAGGUUUUUGGUUAGUUAUAUUACAAUAGGCAACUAAUUCAUCGGAGUGAAGUUAACCUUACACGAAACAGUGAACAAGCUAAGUUUGUUUGAGUUACGCAUGAUUGGGAAAUUUUACUCCAGGGACAGGGUCCAACCAAGUCCAGACAAGAUGAACAUGUUUGAUCGAAAUAUACAUUUUGAUUCCCUUUUAAAAUUUUCCCAAAUCUCCCGCUCCACUCAGCUCCACCUGAAGAAUGUCUACUCCAGCCUGGCCCUGUGCAUGUUUGUGGCUGCAGCUGGAGCCUACGUCCACGUCAUCACCAGACUAUUCCAGGGUGGGCUGUUGACCAUGUUGGGCUCCCUGGCCAUGAUGGUCUGGCUGAUGAUGACCCCCCACUGCCCUCAGACGGAGAAGAAGAGACUGGCCAUCCUCUCUGGCUUUGCCUUCUUCACAGGUGUUGGUUUGGGCCCAACCAUGGAUUACAUCAUCUCUAUUAACCCAAGCAUCAUAGUUACAGCCUUCCUGGGGACCUCCAUCAUCUUUGUGUGCUUCACACUGAGUGCUCUCUAUGCCCAGCGUAGGAGCUUCCUCUUCCUCUGGGGUACUCUGACGUCCGGAUUGUCCAUCCUGCUCCUGGUCUCUUUCCUCAACAUGUUCCUGGGGUCUGUCAUGUUAUUCAAGGCUCACAUAUACCUUGGCCUGGCCAUCAUGUGUGGAUUUGUGCUGUUUGACACUCAACUCAUCAUUGAGAAGGCUGAGAUGGGAGACAAAGACUACAUCUGGCACUCUGUGGAUCUCUUCUUGGACUUUGUGACUAUCUUCAGGAAGCUAAUGGUUAUUCUGGCCAUGAAUGAGAAGCAGGACAACAAGAAGAAGAAGUAAAUUAAGUGGAGGAAAGACCUGUGACCUGGAAUUGCAUCAGGAGAGCUUCUGGUACAUUCGCCUUAACUGCUUGAUUAUUAUUAAUUAUUUAGACCAUGAUUUGAUUUUGUUCUUUGGUAUAUUGUCUUAAUUUUUAGGAAUCGAUUGGUUGCAUUUGGACUUUGGCAUAAGGUUUGAUGUAUUUGAGCUUUAAUGUAAAGGUCUAGAAGUCCCAUUUUGAAGGGACUGUGUAGUUGCUUUGUGAAGUAAUUAACACAGACUUAUUUUGAUUAGUUAUUUUCACAUUGUGUGGUAACAAGUGUUGAGGAGACAAUUAUCCUUUUUUUCUUUUCCAUGUGAACAAUGCCUCAAAUUAUUAAAAAAGGCCACUUUUUAUAUACCUACUGAUAAGUACAACAACAGUUUGCAUUUGUGGGACCGCUUCAGCAGCUGGAAAUGGAAUGGAAAUGGAUACAUUUACUGCAAAGAGGAUGAUAAUUCUGUGAAUAUUAUCUGUCCAGUUGGGAGUUCUGCCACUUAAAUACCCCCCCCCCCCCCCACCUCCAGACCAUAUUCGUCUCAUAACGAUGACAUCAGCGUUGUGAUGAAGAACAUGAGUUCGUAGGGUGGUCAUUUACAUGGUUUAUCAUUGUUAUUAGCAUACCGGUAUAACAAAUAUGACUACUUCUGUUACAGUACAAUCCCUUUCGAAGACAAUCCUUUUUUUAAAUGGCCAUUAACUGAUCAGAGUAAUUUACUGGUUUCAUUUAAGGCGUUGUCUUUCUCAAAGUCAGGAUGCUCUUACAUCAGUAUUUUUAUUUUGUAGGUUGUCAUUUAGGGGAUGUUGUCAGAGUUUUUUAUAAGAUGCAAAGGAUUGCGUUCGAGGAUUUGAAUCAUGUUAAAUAUCCAGACCUGGCCCAAAGCACCUCAAUCAACAUAACUAAUGAUUGCUAUAGGAGUUGUAUGGUCAUUUCUGGUGGUGUUGUCCGCUAUGGUGUCUAGAAAGUGAUAUCUAUUGAUAGACUUGUGUUGAAGUGUAAUAUAUUUUUCCAGAUAUUUCUUUUGUCAAGCUUGUUCUGUCUUUCCCCUACUAAAAAAGAUUCAGUGCUUGAAACAGGUGAACAGUAGAGAACCUGUUUCAUGUGCUAUGGAUUUUAUUUUAUGUAUUGAGGUGAAAUUAAAUAAAUAAAUCCCACUCAUCUUAAUGGAAUGUCCAGGAGUAACAAAAUUGAUUUACAAGGUGCACUUACAGUUUAAUUGAGAAGUAAUCUCUUGUGACAGGGGUAAUGGGAUUAAUUGAGAAGGUAUGGCAUUUCUGCCAUAUUCAAACUAUUCCAGUCAAUUCAGUCACUGAAGCACAUGGCAUAGCAUCCAAUUACCAGUCAGAACUAGUCCUCUUCUACCCAUUAAUCCUGCGUCCUUGGCUAAAGGAUGAGCUGUUACAAAUGUUUCUUCCUUGAUGUUGAGAGGAAUCAAGAUGCAGGGAAAUUAACGGUUUCCAUUCUGAUAUGGGUCACAUUCCUUAGGUUUUCCACAUUGGUUGAAUGAAAUUGAACAGAUCUAUCUGGCAGUCAAAGAUCCUCCCUGCUAUGCACCUCAAGGCUUUAUUUUCUUAGUGCCAAUAACAAUUCAGGUUUACCAAACCAUCACCUAUUACUUCUCAUCUGAGGAUUUUACAGUUUCAAAAAUGAAAUGACUGCUCUCUUAUACUGUGAAAACUUUUGCUUUUCCAGGAAUUGCUGUUGUAAAUCUGCUAAAUUAAUGUAAGAAUAAAAAUGUGUUAAAAUAAA